AUGAAAAGAACAGAUACUUCAUCCAUUUCGUCACCAACGAUAAAGAAAAAGAAAGAUAUGGAGGGAGGUCAAAUAACAACCAAAGGAAAAGAUAAUAAUAUGAGUGACCAACAACAACAAGUAGUACAAAAUAUAACUACAUCAUCACCAACUCAUGAAGAGGAAGAAGAUUAUAGUUCAUACAAGACAAUUGAAGAGUUUGGAUAUAGAUACAAUGAUAAAGGACAAUUAAGAUCAAUCAAGGAUGAUAGUACAUUUAAAUUUGUAACACAAGAACAUUAUGAUGCAUUGGGUGAUGUUGUUGCAACGACCAUUCAAAAGAUGAUGACUCAAGAACCAUACCACCUCAUAGAACUACAAAUACCAGAGGAUAACAUCGAAGGUGUAGAUCCUACCAAACCACAUACCAAUAUCUUUUUGAGUGAUGAUUUCUACGCCAACGAAGAGAGAUUGUUAAUCAUCAUUUGUGGUAGUGGAAGAGUUGUUGCUGGUCAAUGGGCAAGAUCAAUUUGUAUUAAUGAUACAUUGGGAAAAGGAACAAUCUUUGAAUAUUUAGAGCAAGCUAAAAAGAAUAACUUUUCAUUUAUUAUUCUUAAUCCAAAUCAAACAAGAGGAGAGUAUAUCGGAAAGAAUGGUAAACCAAAGAUGGGAUCAGUUCCAGGAAGUGAAACACCAUACAAUCACGUUCAAUAUGUAUACGAUCAUUAUAUUGUAAAAUCAAAGGCCAAGGCAAUCACUAUUAUUGCCCAUUCAUUUGGUGGACAAUUAACAAUGCACAUCUUGGAAAGUAGACCAAAAAUAAUGGACAAGUUAAAAGCAAUUGGUUUGACAGACAGUGUCCACUCUCAUAGUGUUUUGAGAAGAUCAAAUGUAGAAUCUGAUUCAGAGGACGACGAUGAUGACAAUGAACAAAACACUCAAUACAAAUAUACAAAGGCACAAAAAGUAGAGAAUAACAAAAAGGUUCUUAAAUUCAUUUCAAACAAUUGUAUCAAUUGGGUAGCUUCAAAACAACCAGUUGGUCAAGACCUUGGUUUCAGUACCUAUCAAUCUUGUCAACACAGAAGUUCCGGUCAUACUAAACAUGAAUAUACUUCUAGUUCAUAUGUACUACAUCUCACAGAGACCCCAAUCAUAUAUUUAUUUAUUUAUUCUUUUAAAUCUAGAUCAAAAAAUAUGUUAUUAGCAUUGAGAAUUGUUUGCAGCAUUUUACCAGCUUUGUUUACAUUAUUGCUAUCAGCAUUUAUGAUAAAUUCUUUUGUUUUGGUAGAAAAUUUAAUUCAUAUUUUUUAA